AUUCACCCCUUCGAAUCGUCAGCUGUUGUCAGUUUUUCGGUCGUGUGAGAAAAUUAAUGCAAAAAAAUUCCCGAAUAAACAAUAAAUAGGCGUGCGAAGAAAUAAAGCCAAGGAUUUGUUGGAAAUCGCGUCGUUUUGGUUCUUUUAGUUUUCCUUAAACCACUUUGGUUUGCGCUCAGUCAGGCAUUUCAGUUUCAAGUGAUUAUCGGCAAAUCAGCAGGAGAUUAUGGAUAUUCUAAAGAAAAUGUUCAAUUCCGAGGCGGAAAAGGAGCCGGACUCUUCGGUUUCCGCUUCUAAUAAGGAUGAGUUCCGGAAGCCCCAAUGGUUUGAGGAAGCCGAAACCGAUGACGAACUUUUCGACGAUGAUCGGAAGUUCGCCUUCCAGGUCUUCACUAGUCCAUUGGAGAUGCAGAAGCACUUUGAGAGCCAGUUGCAGCGUCUUCUGGAGUCCCUUAACGAUAAUGAAGAUGGCUUUGAGCGUGACUUGAAGGAGGACUUCCUGAAACCGGGUUUUGAGAGUAAGAUCCUAAAGAAGUUUGAGCAGCAAAAGGACUUGUCCCUGGAUACCGAUUUGGAUGGCGAGAUCUAUGCCGACCAGUUACACUCGCUUAUCCAGCGUUUGAAUCCGGAGGAGAAGUUAGAUCUUGGCGACCAGGCAAUGGGCAAUAUUUUGCCAUCGAAUCAGCAUGGCUACCGCAAGGGCUGUCAACGAGCCAAGCUUACGGAUGAGGAGAUAAUUAUGGGUCGGAUCCAUGGAACCAUUUCAGCCGAUGGAGAGAGCAAGUCGUGUACCCGUCCGCCGCGUCCCCCGAUAAACAACAAGCCGGACAUCAUGACGCCCAUGACCCCGAUGUUGCCGCGCAGUGGAAUGACUCCAUUCGGUGGGGUAUUCGAUGGCAACUAUCAGGGUCCCAAGCUGUUUAGCCAGAGCGUUAUGACCAAGACGGUGCGCAAACCGGAUGGAAGCUAUGAGACCACCAAGGUGACUCAGGAUUCUUCUGGCCAUAAGACCACCACUAUAACAAAGAUGAUAGAUGGCCGUAAGGAGACUAUUGUCACCCACGAUGGCGGUGAGGCAACGAUCGGAUUGGGUGGAAAGCAGCAGAAGGAGGUGGCAGUGGCCCAUGGCGAACGUAACAUAUUCGUGACAAAAGAAGGCUACGCCAUGCCACGGAACCUCUGGUGACCAGUGGUGAACAACUAUUGCCCCAAUCAAGACAAGCGAUCUCUGCUGGAGCAACAGAAACAACAGCAACAGUAUGAAGAUAGGCUAAAGCGAUUCGUCGGCAACAUAGUCCCGCAUCCACACAACAUCCAAAUUAGAACCUACUACAUUUUAGUUUACAUUCUCCUUAGUGUUUGGUGUUUUAGAUGAAACGCACUUGAGACAACAGAUGACGACGACGAUUAUUGACCAUGAUUUUAUUGACCAGCGAUUAGCUGGGCAUAUAUAUUAUGUGAGACAGGCGCACCAACCCGGCGGCGCCGCACUUUCAGUUCCCAGAUCCAGGGCUCUCUGCAGGUCAGGCUCGAACUCCCGUUGAUUGGAGAUGGAGUUGGUAUCAGAGAUGGCUCGUGUUGAGCGGUGUGAACGUGUGAUUUUCAGUUUUGCGAGCAACAGGAGCAGGUCAGUCGGUCUGGUAAGGCGACUUCAUAGUCGACUACUCCAUUUCCGCAGAGCGCUGGCAUCCAAAACGAAACAACCAACAAAGAAUCGCCAGAAAUCGGCGGCAGUUAUUGUAUUAUUGUAUUGAUUCUUCGUGGUACUAUCUGUGUCUCAAUGCUGCGAUCGUCAGCAUCUAAAGUGCCCGUAGUGAUUUAACAGCGAAAAAAAAGAAAGAAAAUGAAACCACUAUACAAUACAUUACCGCUUACCAGGCAAACAAAUCAACUUUAUAUAUGUACUAUCUACGAUUGCGUUAAUUUGGUUAGUUCUACUUAUACUAUAUAUACAUUUAUAUGCUUAAACACCCGUGUGGUGAAUUGAUCUGGUUUCUGCCCAAGCAGUCGAGUUCAACUCACAGUAUUUUGAAUUACAAUUCGGUUUUUUGUUUAUUAGUUUUACUAAUAUUUAAUGCUUAGGUUCAUUUUGAUCAGACUUUUAACUUUUAAAGAGGACACAAUGCUUACACGCAUUAGUUAUCAUUCAAGAAAUAUGCAAAUAAAGUGUUGUGCAAUAAA